AUGUCGCGAUUAUUGGAUCUCAAUUACCAGCUAGCCUAUUACAAGGCCUAUCAUUUUCAUCCAAAAAACGUUCGGAUACACUUGAUGUGUAUUCCGUUGAUAUUUCUCACAGCGGUGAUCAUGGCAGGUGCAGUAGAUUUGGGCCCCGUCACCCUUGCUCAAGCCGGAAUGAUCGGUUAUGGUAUUUAUUAUCUCUUGUUGGAUGCAGGUAUGGGCCUUGUCUCUCUGAUAUUUGUCUUUGCAGCUGCCUAUUCUUCUACGUUUUUACAUUCUCACUUCCCAAGCUCCCAGGUCAACCUUUAUGCACUAAGUGUUCAUGUUUCUGGCUGGAUUGCACAAUUCUUCGGUCAUGGAUACUAUGAGAAACGGGCUCCUGCAUUGCUAGACAACCUUAUUCAGCCGCUAGUUUUGGCACCAUACUUUGUUUUGUGGGAGAUUGCAUUUGAGUUUGGCUAUAGAAGAGAUUUGAAGAGAACAAUGGAGAAACAAGCGAAACAAAUGCGCACGGACGCUGAACGGAGACGAUUAAACGUCAACAAAUGA